CCAGAAGCUGGAAUCCUGGUGGGCAAGACAACAGUUUGACAACCAGCUGUUACUGAAGAGGACUGAGCAUGGCCAACACCCUCAGAGAGGUGCAGGCCUUUGGACCUGCAGUGGCAAAGGAGAGAUUGUGUCCUGCUUUGGGAACGGAAUGGGGACACAGAGGAAGACUUCCAAAGAAAGUGUCAAGCCGUGCUGGAUUUCACCCGGGUCAUGGCUUGCGUGGGUACGCAGGGAAAGUGGGAAGGGCAUUCUAGUAGCCUGGAAUCAUGACCUGUACUUUUUCAGAUAUGAGAGCAUUGACGAUCAUUUUCUCAACUCAUUUUGCUGGUGAAAGUGUAGGGUAGGUGGCCAUAGUAAGCAGGAGCCAAACGAUUGUGGGAAGAUACUAAAAUAUUACAGAUACUAGAGACAUGAAGAUUCCCGUUUCAGAGAUGGGGAAACAGGCUCUGAGGUGAAGGGGCCAAUACCGCAAACGGAAUUAAGAACAGCAAGUGUACUGAUUCCACCGAGAGCCCGAGUUCUGUGCACGUACAGCCGAGCUCCCCAAAUUGAGCGCCUCUAGGUUCCGUGGCCGGUUUCCCCUCUCCGAUCCCGACAUCUCAUCCUUCCUCACCCGAAAGUUCUACCAGAAGCCUAAAUGGGUUUCGUCCUCCUGCACUCUGCGCGUCGCGGGGAGUCAGGGGUUAAAACCCGUGGCCCUGGUGGCCCCUUCCCCCUCCCCAGCCCCCUCGCCUCCUCCCGGCGCCGCGCCUGGAGCGUCGGUCCCGGAGACCCGCACGAGAGAGGAGGGGAAAAAGUGGGCCUGUUUCUCGGGUGGCCAAUCCACCGAGCCCGCGGUGCCCCAGAGGAGGCGCCAGUGCUAGGCCAGCGCCAGGCCGGGGCUGCCUGCUUCCCGCGGCAAAGUACAAAUGCGCCCGAGCGCGGCGCCUGGCGCCCUUGGCGUGCAUAGCCGGCCCCCGUGCAACCUACCCCCGCGGCCGCCGCGCCGUCGCCGCCGCCGGGACCGCCGCCUCGCCGGGCCCCAGGACCCCGCGGCCCGACCUGGAGCCCACCGAGCAGGGGGCGCCAGCCGUUUCUAAUCCUCGCGCCCAGAACAGCCCGCCGGUCCCGCGCGCCUCGCCCAACGCUGCGCGCUGUGCAGACCCCUGUCCUCUCCUGUCUUUCUUCUCCGACCCUCCCUCUCACCUUCUCCUUUGCUCGAAUUGCUUUUCCCCAGUUGCCGUACCUUCCUCAUCUCUCCAUCUUCCCCCUCCUUUCCCUGUUUCUCUUUUCACCUUCCUCUUAUUCCCACCUUAGACAUCCCUUUUGGUCCUCACCGCCUUCUUCUCGACCCUUCUCUGGCUCCACUGUAGCAACAGCCCUCCCUGCGUCUGUGGAUUGCUUUGUGCCCUUGUGCCUCAGUGUCCCCCUCAUCUCACUACCUCAGACCCCCUUCCCGGCUCAGCACCUGGUGGCCUGGCUCUGGGAGAAGGAAGGAUGAUUCCCGAAGGAAGGGUCCUUUCUUCCUUGCUGGGACUCGCACUGCUCUGGUUCCCCUUGGACUCCCACGCUCGAGCUCGCCCAGACAUGUUCUGCCUUUUCCACGGGAAGAGAUAUUCCCCCGGCGAGAGCUGGCACCCCUACUUGGAGCCACAGGGACUGAUGUACUGCCUGCGCUGUACUUGUUCUGAGAGCGCCCAUGUGAAUUGUUACCGCCUCCACUGCCCACCUGUCCACUGCCCCCAGCCUGUGACGGAGCCGCAGCAGUGCUGUCCCCGGUGUGUGGAACCACACACCCCCUCUGGGCUCCGUGCCCCCCCAAAGUCCUGCCAGCACAAUGGGACCGUGUACCAACAUGGAGAGAUGUUCAGUGCCCACGAGCUGUUCCCUUCCCGCCUGCCCAACCAGUGUGUCCUCUGCAGCUGCACCGAGGGCCAGAUCUACUGCGGCCUCAUGACCUGCCCGGAACCAGGCUGCCCUGCACCCCUCCCGCUGCCCAGUUCCUGCUGCCAGGCCUGCAAAAAUGGGUCGAGUGAGAAAUCAGCUGAAGAGAACACCACACAGUCACACCGCGGGGUGAGGCAUUCCCAGGAUCCCUGUUCAAGCGACAGUGGGAGAAAGAGGGGCCUGGGCACCCCGGCCCCCACUGGGCUCAGCUCCCCUCUGGGCUUCAUUCCUCGCCACUUCCGACCAAAGGGGGCGGGCAGCACUACAGUCAAGAUUGUCCUGAAGGAGAAACACAAGAAAGCCUGUGUGCAUGGUGGGAAGACAUACUCACAUGGGGAAGUGUGGCACCCAGCCUUUCGCUCCUUUGGACCCCUGCCCUGCAUCCUGUGCACCUGUCAGGAUGGCCACCAGGACUGCCAGCGGGUGACCUGCCCCACUGAGUACCCCUGCCAUCACCCCGAGAAAGUGGCUGGAAAGUGCUGCAAGGUUUGCCCAGAGGACAAGGCAGACCCUGGCCACAGUGCGACCAGUGCUACCCGGUGUCCGAAGGCGCCGGGCCGGGUCCUCGUGCACACGUCAGUGUCCCCACAUCCAGACAACCUGCGUCGCUUUGCCCUUGAGCGUGAGGCCUCUGAGCAGGUGGACAUCUACCUCUGGAAGCUGGUAAAAGAUGAGGAAACUGAGGCUCAGAGAGGUGAAGUACCUGGCUCAAGGCCACACAGCCAGGAUCUUCCACUUGAUUCAGAUCAAGAAAGUCAGGAAGCAAGACUUCCAGAAGGAGGCACAGAACUUCCGGCUGCUCACCGGCACCCACGAAGGUCACUGGAACGUCUUCUUAGCCCAGACCCCGGAGCUGAAGGUCAUGGCCAGUCCAGACAAAGGGACCAAGACCUUAUAACAAAGACCUAAACCGUUGCAGAUAUGAGCUUUAUCAUUUUUGUUGUUAUAUAUUAAUAAAUAAGUUGCAU